CCGGUGUUUUUGGUCAAAUAUUAGCUGGUUACAAAACCUACAUGUGGAAAGAGAAGAGAUAUCUUAUAAAACACUUAACAGAUGAGUUUGUUGUAUAGAAACUGUAAGAAGACAACAUCAUGGACAGGACGGUCAGCCUCCCCAACCAGCCCAACAAAACCAUCACAGUGACUCUGGUGGAGAGCAGCAGCGCCCCCUGUGGGCUGGAGCUGGUCAGUUCCUAUCAGACUCACCGGGUGGGAGACCCCAUGGACCUGGUGGCUCUCGCAACAACAGUACAGAGGGGCGAUGAUUUCAUCAAAGCCAACGCCUGCAACAAACUGACAGUCAUUGCCGACCAGAUCAGAUAUUUACAGGAACAGGCGAGGAAGGUUUUAGAAGACGCUAAAAGAGAUGCAGACCUCCACCAUGCUGCCUGUAACAUCGUGAAGAAGCCCGGCAACAUGUAUUACCUCUACGAGAGAAGCUCCGGACAGAAUUACUUCUCCAUCAUCUCUCCUAAGGAAUGGGGUCCGACUUGCCCUCACCAAUUUGUCGGAGCGUUCAAGCUGCAGCACGACAUGUCCUGGACGCCGGUGGACCAGGUGGAGAAGAGGGACGCAGAGUUCGCCAUCAUGGACAAACUCCUGAGCCAGCAGACAUCCCUACCGCCUCAGACAGAGCCCAACUUCAAGGGCCUCUGUGAAUAAAGGACUGGACCUUUUAAAGGACACACGGACCAUGCUAACUAUAGUCUUAAUGGAAAUACCUGUGAACAGGCUUGGAUUGAACUCCCUUAUACCAGUCUUUCUGUUACCUUCACACACUGACUUAAGUCCCGAUGCAUUACUACAACUUGUUUGACCUGCAUUAAUCGCUGAACCAGUUGCGACGUCAGGGAAGUAUCUUUUCCGAAAUAUGAAAUCGGGCUACACUGACAGGCCUGUGCAUGAACUCUGUUAUCAAAUAAAGUUUUAAAGAGGA